AACGGUCUUAGUCGGCGCUCACAGACAGAAGCUACCGACUGUAAACUUCUACUUAUUGACUAAAGGACAACUACCGGAUACACUACACGAGAGGACAAGUCAAGUUUAGAUAGUCUUAAAACUUUUUUCGUAACUGUUUUUUAGUUUGUUUUUUUUAAACAAGCUACCCGGAACAAAGGACUCGACGCUACUUCGUGGGACAGUUGUGUUUUCCAGCUUUAUGUAUUUGGAUUUAACUUUUCUCUCCCGCCGCACUACUAUGGUCAUAAUGGAGGUUCCCACCAUCAACUCUACGUCCCUCUGUGGCCUGCUGGAGGACGACGUCCCGGGCGUCCUGGUGCUGGACUGCCGCUCCUUCCUCUCUUUCAACUCGUCCCACAUAUCGGGCUCCACCAACGUCCGUUUCAGCACAAUAGUCCGCCGGAGAGCCCGGGGCGGCCGACUGGAGCACAUCGUCCCCAACGAGGACACCCGGACCCGGCUCCUGUCCGGGGACUACCAGUCCGUGGUGCUGCUCGACGACCGCAGUUUGGACUUAAGCCAAGUGAAGAAAGACGGAACUCUGAUGCUCGCUGUUACAGCCCUGUGCCGCGACCCCUGUGGAGCCCGUGUUUUUAUUCUCAAAGGCGGAUUCGACACAUUUUCCACAGACUAUCCAGAGAUGUGCACCAAACCCUCCCCUCCACAGGGGCUCAGCUUGCCCCUGAGCUCCAGCCAUCCAGAGAGUGCUGACCCAAACUGCAGUCCUUGCAAUACACCUCUAUACGACCAGGGGGGUCCUGUGGAGAUCUUACCUUUCCUGUACCUUGGCAGUGCGUACCAUGCCUCCAGAAAAGACAUGCUGGACAUGCUGGGCAUCACCGCUCUAAUCAACGUCUCUGCCAACUGCCCCAACCACUUCGAGGACUCCUUCCUCUACAAGAGCAUCCCCGUCGAGGACAACCACAAAGCAGAUAUCAGCUCCUGGUUCAAUGAGGCAAUUGAAUUUAUUGACUCGGUGAGAAAUAAAGGAGGUCGUGUGUUUGUGCAUUGCCAAGCAGGCAUCUCCCGCUCUGCCACCAUUUGCCUUGCAUACCUCAUGCGGACCAACCGUGUGAAGCUGGAUGAGGCCUUUGAGUUUGUCAAGCAGCGUCGCAGCAUCAUUUCCCCAAACUUCAGCUUCAUGGGUCAGCUCCUUCAGUUCGAGUCGCAGGUCCUGGCCUCGUCCACGUGCUCCUCAGAAGCAGGCAGUCCGGCUAUUGGCAACAGCAGCACAGUAUUCAAUUUCCCCGUCUCCAUCCCUGUUCACACCUCAGCCGGCCAGCUCUCAUUCCUCCAAAGUCCCAUCACCACCUCUCCUAGCUGCUGAGGAAGCUGUGGACGGCUUGUUUGGACUUGAACUACAGCUCACAAGUGACUGAACAGAGUACUUCACAAAAUAUGCUCCAGAUUCUCAUCUGUUUAUCCAUUGAUUGUGAUGCUGGUAUCACUGAACAGAAUGGGUACUAUUGUCUGAGGUCAGUUUGUUUGACCCUCUGAUCUGUUGGCCAAAUCUGUGAAGGUUGGCCUCCUCAUUUCAAAGGGAAACUUGAUAACUACCAUCAGGCAGUAUUGUUGUUUAACCUUCUAAAUGUGAAAGUCAUCCACAGUUUUGAUUCCAAAUGACGUGGGAAAUUGCUGCAAGAUAGAUGAGGUCUGUCCUGUAUCGGAAAUAAUUUGAAUAUUUUUUAUUCAAAGGACUGAUUUUUUUUUUUUUCAUGAAGGCAACUGCUUUUGAUAAUCAUAAUAAUUUUUAAGUAAGGAAAAAAAUGAGAGGGCUAACAGUUGUCUCAGGAAUGUUGAUUUGUCCUCUUAAAUGUCCAUUAUUUUUGCUUCCUGCACUGGUCAAAGAAAGCAAUGUAAACAUAUUGCCCGGCAUGGCAUGGAAGUAACUCAUUUGACGAACAAUGAAUGUAUACCCCUUUUCUCAGUGUAGAUGUGGCAGAAAUCUUCAUGUUCUAGAGUUGAAUAGCUUGCCAAUUGAAAUGCAAAUAGCUGCCUUUCAAGACAUCAUGAAACCUUGACGAUCCUGACACAUUGGGGAAAACGACCACAAAAUACCUCAUGUUUCCGUACUGUGUACUGCAGCGCUGAGACAGACAGAACCCCAAAAACUACUAAAAUGGGGCCACAUUGUCCUCUCUGACUGCAUUCUGACAUAUUUAUUAACUUAAAAGUAAUAUAUUUCUUUAUCAUAUAUAUUUUUCCAAAUGUUUGUUUAAAUGUUGUUGUUUUUUAUACGACUGAAUAAAUGUCAUUUGGCUUUUGUA